CCAGCUGCUGCCGUGGGGGGGAUUAGAGCUAUUUCAGUCCCCCUUGGGUUGAUCACGUGUCCUUGGGGAGCGUUUAGAUUUGGCACCACGUUCGGAGAAGGAGGAAGCGCACCGUUGCGCACAUCCGAGUUGGACAGCAACAUCUUAAACACGCGUUAAUGGUCCGGCGGCGAAUCAAGCAGAUCAGUUUUGUUUAGGGGCGUAGUCCUAAUCACUCCACGGUGGUGUCUGAAACAGCAUAGCACAGACACAACGUGUGUGUGAUCGAUCUGUCUCUGACUCCUCAAAAACUUCUACGCUUUCCAACUGUGAUCCGCGGCACAUUGUUGCCCGCCACUGCUACAAGUCGACGUGCGGAGCUGUCACGGUGAACCAAGCCCAGCGUUGUCCACAGUGGAGCUGUUCAUCGCUAACUAGGCUGCCUCCAAGCCCACAGGUAAUUCGCCAGCUUUCGUGGGUUUUGAUGUCACCUCUAGAUUGGUUUCACUGAAGAUGGAAACACUGGAGUCUGAGCUGACCUGCCCGAUCUGCCUUGAGUUGUUUGAAGACCCCCUUCUCUUGCCCUGCGCCCACAGCCUGUGUUUUAACUGCGCCCACCGCAUCCUGGUGUCUCACUGCUCCACCAGCAAGCCCCUCGAGUCCAUAUCGGCCUUUCAGUGCCCCACCUGUCGUUACGUCAUCACGCUGAAUCACCGCGGCCUGGAGGGCCUUAAGCGCAAUGUGACGCUGCAGAACAUCAUUGACCGCUUUCAAAAGGCCUCCAUCAGCAGCCCUAAUUCUCCCACUGAGAGCCGGCGCCUGCAGCCGCCGCAGCGUCCCUACACCGCCACCAUUAGCGGGACGAUAGCUGGAACGAUUGGCGGCGGGGGUGGUGGAACGAGUGGAAGCAGCGCCCGCAGCAGCCCGGCCACUUCCAGCCACUCCCACCCGCACGCCAACCACACCAACCACGCUAAUCACGCCAACCACACCAACGCAAACCACAGCCCGGCUGUCGUUGCGAAAAUGGAUCCACGCAUCAGCUGCCAGUUCUGUGAGCAGGAUCCGCCGCGUGAGGCCGUGAAGACGUGUGUCACAUGUGAGGUGUCGUACUGCGACCGCUGCCUCCGCGCAACGCACCCCAAUAAGAAGCCGUUCACCAGCCAUCGCCUGGUGGAGCCGGUGCUGGACACACACCUCCGCGGCCUGACCUGCCUGGAGCACGAGAACGAGAAGGUCAACAUGUACUGCUUGGUGGACGACCAGCUCAUUUGUGCCCUCUGCAAGCUGGUGGGGCGCCACCGGGAGCACCAGGUGUCCUCGCUCACCGAGCGAUUCGAUAAGCUUAAGGCUUAUCAAGUGAGCCCGGGCAGAGUGUCAGAUGCGGUAAUGGAGGCUUCAAAGACAAGUGCUGCGCAAACCCUGGAGAACAACCUGACCAACCUGGUGAAGAGGAACAGCGAGCUGGAGAACCAAAUGGCAAAGCUCAUCCAGAUCUGUCAACAGGUUGAGGUGAACACAGCCAUGCAUGAGGCCAAGCUGGUGGAGGAGUGUGAUGAGCUGGUGGAGAUCAUCCGCCAGAGGAAACAGGUCAUUGCCGUGAAGAUCAAAGAAUCCAAGGUGAUGAAACUGCGUAAAUUGGCCCAGCAGAUUGCAAACUGUCGCCAGUGUCUGGAGCGCUCCAGCGCCCUCAUCACACAAGCCGAACAGAGCCUGAAGGAAAACGACCAUGCCCGCUUCCUCCAGACCGCUCGCAAUGUAGCAGAAAGGGUUGCCAUGGCGACGACCUCCUCCCAGGUACUCAUCCCUGACGUCAACCUGAACGAGGCGUUUGACAACUUUGCCCUGGACUUUUCCAGAGAGAAGAAGAUCCUGGAAGGACUGGAUUACCUAACUGCUCCCACCCCUCCAUCCAUCAGAGACGAGCUGUGCACCGCCUCUCACGACACCAUCACUGUUCACUGGACGUCCGAGGACGAGUUCAGCGUCACCUCCUACGAGCUGCAGUACACCAUUUACACCGGCCAGACAAAUUUCAUCAGCUUGUACAACUCUGCAGACAGCUGGAUGAUCGUACCUAACAUCAAGCAGAACCACUACACGGUGCACGGCCUGCAGAGUGGCACCCGUUACAUCUUCUUUGUCAAGGCUAUCAACCAGGCAGGAAGCCGCAACAGUGAGCCAGCCCGCCUGAAAACCAACAGUCAACCCUUCAAGUUGGACCCAAAGACUGCCCACAAGAAGCUGCGUCUGUCCAACGACUGUCUGACCAUGGAGAAGGACGAGAGCUCGCUGAAGAAGAGCCACACCCCGGAGCGCUUCAGCAGCACAGGCUCCUAUGGGGCAGCUGGUAAUGUCUUCAUUGACAGCGGGUGCCACUACUGGGAGGUGCUGCUUGGAGCGUCCACAUGGUAUGCCAUCGGCGUAGCUUACAAAUCAGCUCCGAAAAACGAGUGGAGCGGCAAGAACUCAUCCUCAUGGGUGUUCUCGCGCUGCAACAACAACUUUAUGGUGCGCCACGAUGGCAAGGAGAUGCUGGUGGAGGCAAGCCUGCAGCUGAGGCGGCUGGGUGUCCUGCUGGACUACGACAACAAUUCACUGUCCUUCCAUGAUGCCAUGAACUCCCAGCACAUUCACACCUUUGAGGUCUCCUUCCUCCUGCCCGUUGUUCCCAGUUUCAUGAUCUGGAACAAGUCAGUCAUGAUUCUCUCAGGGCUACCCGUCCCCGACUUUGUCGAUGGUUUGGCCUCCGAUCUUCAAGAGCAGCAACAGCAGCAGAUGGGCCUGUGCCGACAAGAGUCACCAUACUUGACUGGGCUGAAGAGCUGCCACUGAGAAAAGCCCAUGAAUGGCCGAGCAGAAAGUCCACUCAGGCCUAGGGACAUUGACAGUGCUCUGCUGUAUCCUCUGCUUUAAGAGAGGACCAGUUACUUUCUUAUGAGUUUAGAAAGUGUUGGAGAUAUGCACACCAGUCUGGAAAAAUGUCAGUCCUGUUAGUUUGUGGCUAUCCAAAGCUUUGCAAAUCCAUCAGUGAAUAGGAACAAGGUCUCUUGACUACAAAUGCUAGUAGAACUACAAUUCACAAGAUGCCCUGGAAUAGGUGAGGGCAGGGAUGGACAUCUGGGUUUAUGACCAUUUAAGGUCUCCCUUUUUGAUCUAUCUUCCUCCCGAUGCGACCCUUAGGCAGAUGAUCAAGGAGGGACGGUUCACAUCAGCCAUUUAAAGUUACAACAUGUGAAUAGUGAAAUAAUGUCUCCUAUGCAUUAAAUUACAAAAAAGGAAGCUCAACAAUGCAGAGGUAAAAAAAUGUGAUUGAGUGAUUCUUCCUCUGACUACAGAUAUUAAAUCUUUAUUCCAAAUGUCAAUUUUUGUUUCUUAAAGGUGGGGUAAGUAAUUUUGGAGAAACCAGCUCGAGUGCGCUAGAAUUAGAAAAUACACAGCCGGAAAAAAUCUGCCACUUCCUUAGAGAGCCCCUCCUCCAACACACACAAACGCGCACAUGACCAAUGAGGGCACGAGAUAAGUUUGUGCACAGAUGGAAGGCUGACAGGCAGGUAGGCCAUCCAGUUAUUUUAGCCGGGCCGGCUCAAAUGAUUGGUCGUGCUUUUUACAGUACUACGGCUUCCACAGAUGACGUUUUUGUAUGGAUUUUUUGUCAAAGCACUUAAGAUAUUCAUUGCUAUCGGGAUGUUAAGAGCGUUCCAUGGAAUAUAACAAAAAGUGUAUCUCGAGCCGGUUUCUCAAACUUACCUACCCCACCUUUAACAAGGUGAUGUGACCUAUGGAUGUGACAUGUCAUGUGAACUAAAUUUGACAAAAAGAUAUAUUUAAUUUUAAACAAAUAAGUGGCUUUAGGAGUCGUUUGAAGUUUUCUUGCUCAAGAGUUAGAUCUAAAAGAUCACAACCACUCAUCUGUGUAUUUAUGAGGCUAGACCUAGCAGUUUUCUUAGUUUAGCGUAGCAUAAAGGCUGUUCCUGUCUAGUAAUUCCAGCACAUAGCUUUGUGUAAAACUACAGUGAAAAAUUUACAAAAGUAAAAAAAAAUUCAUAGAACAUAUUAAUUCCCAAGCUUUGCACGUGCUGCAGUACGGGGGUUAUUGCCUUUGGACAGAGCUAAGCUACUUGUUAUUCCAUCUUUGUUCUAGGCUAAGCUAACAGCUUGUUGGCCUUAGCUUCAUAUUUAGCAUAAUGAAACAUGAGUGGUAUUAUCUAACUUUCAACAAGAAAGCUUAUAAGCAUUUUUCUGAAACAUUUCUUCCUUUAGAUGUUGAUGUGCCUUUUUGAGUCAGCUUUAUUGUGUGAAGUAUAUGCUACCAUCAUGCUAACACAACUACAAGCUAGCUGGGCACGUUUUGAGAUGCACCGCAUCACUGUUUAUGUGUUGUACCCCUUAGUAGCUUUAAGUGGUCAUUGCUUAAGUCUUUUCCUUGAUCUUUCUCCUAUAUUUGACACCGCAGUCUGGUUUGUGUUGCCGGCUGUAGCUUCCUAAGUUUCAGGAAGUAUUAACGUUGUUCCCAGACAUUGAUAUGAUCGUAGGGGGCAGAUUUGCAUCAUGUGACUACUCAUCUUGUAAAAUAAGAGGUUUAUUGAAUAUUAGAGGAAAAAGUGUUAUUUAUGACAAAAAAUAUGGUUUAUAAUUAAUCUCAACAUAUUAAUGAUGCACUUUUUCAUUGACACUAUUUCCCCUCUAUGAUUGUUAAAGUAGAUGGAACUGCGUGACAGGGAUGUAAUGGGGAGGGAAAGAAACAACUUUCACAUCUGCUGGUUGUGUUCACUAUGAAAAAAUCAACAUCAUCCAUUUUUUUCAUUUAAUAUCAUAUUUAAAAAAUACAUAUAUUUAUGAUCAAGAGUUAUUGAUGGUUAUUGAAUAUUACCCAUAAAUAAGUGUAUUCUAAUAAAGCACUUUUCAAAAUAUUAUAUUAACCUUGAUGUCCUUAAACAGAAACCCCUUAAAUGUUUUUUCACUGUGCUUUGAACACUUUAAACACAACCCGUGACUUUCCCUCCCCAUGGCUCUUUUGGAUAGCAUAUACUAACUUUAUCUUGUUUAGAAAAGGGAUAUGAUUAUGGUGAUGUUUAUGCUUUUUUAUCAUGAUGAAAUGAUAAACUAAUAACUGUUAAAAAAAAAAACGUCACUUUGUUUUUGACUAUUCAGGGAAGGAUGGGGUUAACACUUAACUUGCUGUCUGUCGCAAUGUCAUGGCAUGAUUGUGUUUUCCUCUGUGAUUUGUUAACACACAUGCACACACAAUCCUACACGUCAUGUUUCGUUUAGGUUGGCUUUAUUGUGAUAAAUGCAUGAAACAUUGUAGGAUCCUACACCACUUCACUGGGUAACUUAAGGAGCUUAAAGUCCACUAAAUCUUGUUUUUCAUCAGUCAUGACUUGUCGCUUACAAUAGACUUGACCUCUUUUGGUUAUUGUUCACUUUUCAGAUAGCAGCUGAAGUUGGAACAUACUUUUUAUUUGGAUUCAAAGGCACAGUGUGGUUUCUUUCUGGCUUGGCAUUCAGGUAGUGUCUUUGAUUCAGACAAUCAAAUGUGUACCACAGUUAAUGCAGAUGUAAGUGAUUGUGUAGCAUGAAACAGGAUUGAGACAAUUGAGGUUGGGUUGACAAAAAGCAGGUGUGUUACAUAUUGUACCAGCGUCUCAAAGAUUUGACACCUACUGGCCAUUUACACUGUUUUAUGCAUCACUACAUACAUGCUGUCUAAAGUCAUGUAACAUUUGUGUUGACAGAAUAUGAUUUGUUCAACUUGAAAAAACAGGCAAACACACUGAUUUCAAUCAUAUGCUAGUUACCAUAUGAUACGUUCAAGCAAAAGACCAAGUGAUGUAAAACUCAAAGCAAUAGAAAAGUAGUGAAAAUCUGACAUGUCAUAGUGCAGCUUUUAUUCUGCAGUGGUCAUUUAAGGUUACUGUGUGAUGGAGGUAUUGAUGUUAUAAGCGCUACAGGCAACAGAGAUAAUCCACUGGUCAAAGGCAGGAAGAGCUCCAGUAUGAAAAGAGAGUUCUUUUUUUCUGUCAGGGAGAUUAGUAGAUGUUACCUGACUUCCAAAUAUCCACCCAUUGUGUUGAAUAAUGUCGGUCACAGACUCGAAACGGCCAAAUGCUGAUUUGUGAUCCAGACAAGCUCAACUAAUCUGUGCAAGUGUGUUUGGCUGGGUCACUGCAUGAUUAUGUGACCUUGCUGCAGGUUCAUCAAUCUUUCCUUAUCUUCAUGAUGGGGUUUCUUAUCUUGCGUACAGCAUACGUUUUCUUUUAUUUUUCAAAAAAUAAACCAUGACAAGAACACUCAAAAACGAAAUGUUCAUUGCCAUGCAUCUCAGAUAUUUUGCAGUGCUCUUUCUUUCUUUGUGUCACAAGUCAAUACAGUAAAAAUAUAUACGGUGAAUGAUUUUCAAUAGCUACCCACUCCUUGUAGUGCAGUGUAAUACCCUAGAGACAAUACAAUAGAUUCUCCUUUUUGCUUUUUGUCUGUGUAACUUGGGUAAUUAUUUUUUACAACUCAUGAGAAACACGCUCCUCUCCUUUUGGCACUUGGACCUUGAUAAACAGCACAAAAAUAGCAGCGUUGCAUUUAUGCAAGGCUGUCUGUUUCCGUAGAUAUGAGAGAUACUUUUAGCCAGAGAGGAAUGUAAAUCAUAGGGGGAAAUAUAUAUUAUAUAAAGUUGUAUAAUAUACAAAAUAUAUAUGAACCAAUGUUAUUUAUGUGAAUUUAAGUCCAAUUAAAAGUCUGAUCCCAAA